CUCAGUGAUAAGUGAAUUUUUAGUAUUCAUUCAAAAAUUGUCGAAAUGAAAUCGUUCGUGAUAUUUUUGAUUUUUUUCGUGUCUUUUGGGAGUUCGAGGCUUUUUGAGGGACAAUGUCGAAGUCGUCCUGCUCCUGUAGUGACUUCCUUUGACUUUUCUCGUUAUUUGGGAGUUUGGUACGAGAUGGAGUGGUAUGACGAUGAAUAUCCAACCGAUGAUGAAUGCAUCAAAUUUACAUAUACCCCAACUGGAUUCGGUUCUUUUGACUUUUUACUUGAGUCGAAACACGCCAAUGACAGUUUUCGUUACGAGAGUUUCAAAGGACAUGGAGUUGAAGCAUUUCCUGAUGAAAAGUUGGGACAAUUAAAUACGACUUAUGGCAAAGGACCUCCAAAAAGAGUAAAUUAUGAGAUUUUAGCGACGGAUUAUGAUAAUUUUUCCUUUGUUUGGGAUUGUCACAAUGUCAAUAACACUUUUUAUAAUGAGAAAUUUUGGUAUUUUUCGAGAGAUUUUAGACAAAGUGAGAGACCUAAAGUAGUUGAUGAUCUUUUAAAGGAAUUUUUUGACCCGCAGUUCAUUAGAAAAACGUACCAUGGACCAAAAUGUUUCAUCUCACAGAAGUUCAUUUCAGUUGUCAAUACGUUACAUGAGUUCAUCUAAAAAUUCCUCUCCGGAGAUUAUUUUUUGCAUUUUGGACUUGAAUUGAUAACAAAAUAAAUCUUUUUGUCAGUUUA